AGUUGCUACUAUUUUGCUAUUUUUUUAUAUACAUUAUUGGUAGGUCAAGUGUCGUUAUAUGAAUGAGCGUUUCCUUCACUACAAAAGGACUUAGGCAUAGAGUGUGCUACUGUGCUUGCCCCAAUCAUCCCCUAGCUAUCUCUCUACUCUACUUACUGUGUUCUGAUUCCUCUAUAUUUGCUCUCUGCUCCCUACAUUCUUCUCCACUCCACAACACAACACAUUCCAACAACUACAAUUUUUUACUAAUUUCCCAAUGACACUAACAAACCCUUCUGAAACAUCCACCACCGCCACAACCACCACCACUACCACCACCUCCUCCUCCACAUCUUCCCCACAAUCACCCUCACAUUCCCUCCACAAAACAGAGACCCCUCAAAAACAGAGCACCACCCAAAAACAGAGCACCCGCAAGAGACCCAGAGACUGCAGCGAGCACCGUGUCUAUCACGGCGUCAGAAAGCGCAACUGGGGCAAAUGGGUAUCGGAAAUCCGUGAGCCACGGAAGAAAUCACGCAUCUGGCUCGGCUCCUUCGACACCCCUGAAAAGGCCGCUAGAGCCCACGACGUCGCGGCUCUCACCAUCAAGGGCCCCUCCGCCAUCCUCAACUUCCCCCACAUCGCCGACAUGCUCCCCAAACCCGCCACGUCAUCCCCGCACGACAUCCAAGUCGCAGCUUCAGCUGCAGCCGCCAUGGUUGACUUCGACACUACGACUUCUCCUCCAUCGUCUCUGUCUUCUUCAGAGUCCUCAGAGGAGCUGAGUGAGAUUGUUGAGCUUCCGAAGAUUGAAGACUGGGUGGAUAAUUCCAGAGAUGAGUUCAUUUUGGUUGAUUUGGUAGAAAGUUGGGUGUAUCCUCCAUCAAUGGGGUUAGAGGGAAUCGAGUUCUGCGCUGCUUUUUCUGAGGAAUAUUUUGCAGAACAGAGUUUUAUUGGAGGAGUAGAUUACUCUGAGUCUGAGAUUGAGAUACCCAUUUGGGAUUGAUUCCAAUUUGACUUUUGGCACUUACAUUACAAACACAUCCUCUUCAAUUCCCAAUAUGAGAGGUUAAUUAACAUUAGCAUAGUGGUAUCAUCAAUGGUGUUUGGCUAUUUUUGCUGUCACUGGUCCUGGGGUCAGAUCCUUGGGCAUUUAGUGUAAUAUAUAUUGUAUACUAUAUUGUAUUCUAUAUAUACAUUCCUAACUACUUUGGCAA